CCAGGUUGGUCUGUUUUUAAGGUUUAGACACAUCAUCGAAGCAGCGGCAUUAAUGACUUAACUUUGUAGUUUUAGUUCACAUUUGCAGUUUUCACACAUCAUUAAUGCAUUUCACUGGUUGAACAACAGAUGCUCUCCUCAUGAAACUUUAACAGGCAGGAAGGUCACAGUAUUGUCAGUCUGUGGUGUGAAUGUGAUGACAGUAGCUUAAACCAGGCGAUCACACUGCAGGACACGAGCAGAGGGUAAAGUACAGUCAUGCAGCCUCAACACACUGUGCUUAAAAUACAGUGUGUUGUUCCAUAGUACAAGUACCACAAAUACUGUUCUCAGUAGAAACAGUCCAUUAAGCCGUGUCUAAAUACUUACAACAUGUCUUUGUGCUUUAUUUGCUAACACACAACACAGUUCUAUCUACCAGCUUUUGUAAGAGUUAAUGAGCAGAACAGAGAUCCAGCUCUAUCUGUCCGCGUCUACACUUCCAGCUAAGUGAAUGUUUCACUGCAGGUCUGACAGGCUUGGUUUGAAGUCUUUUGCCUAAAAUGGAGAGGGUCAGAGCAUCAGUUGCAUGCGAGACUGUUUUUCUUCUCUCUCCCGAGAGCCGUUGAAUCGCAUAGUGACCGCAGCGCUGGGUCUGGAGCACACUGUAACAGCCCUCUGUGCUCCGUGGAGGAGACUUUCGUUCUUACAGCGUUCGCCCGCAAGGAAAACAAAUGAAACGGAGCAUGGAGUGGCUUCGCAGCCUUCCUGCAGAGGGAUUUGUUCUCGUUUGGUUUUUGCUGAAUGGGAGCGUGGGCGGCUGUCAGCAGUAGGAAGCUCCUGCUUGGAGGAACUACAGUGAUCAUGUCAUCGGUGUUUGGGAAGGUGAACAGAUGCCCCGCUGAGUGUAACCUGGUGCUGCUUGGGGCCAUGGGCUCAGGAAAGUCAGCGUUGACGGUGAAAUUCCUCACCAGGCGCUUCAUCGGUGAAUACGACCCGUAUCUAGACGAUAUCUACUCGUCAGAGGAGGUUGUGGACCGGCAGCCUGUGACAGUGAGAGUGAUGGACACUUGUGACAAGGAGGGUCCAGUGAACAGCGAGCGGUACCUGUCGUGGGCCAACGCCUUCCUCGUGGUCUACAGCAUCGACAACAUGGAGAGCUUUAAGGGCUGCCAGCUGUAUCUCCAGACGCUCGCCCUGAACAACAAAACCUUCAGCCCUCAGACUCCCAUCAUCCUGCUGGGCAACAAGCUGGACAUGGACAGAUACAGGCCGACAAGUGAGUCAGAGCGACGCCAGGGCCGUGGCGUCUCGCUUCGGCUGCUUGUUCUUCGAGGUGUCCGCCUGCCUGGACUUCCUGCCGGUGCAGCGCGUCUUCUACGAGGCCGUGAGGCGGUCGAGGCAGGCGCUGGGCCGCGGCCGCCUGGUGCCGGCGGUCUGCGCGAAGGAGGACAAGGCGCUGCCGGAGGCCCCCUCCUUCACCACCCCCUGCUACAAGGAGCUGCCCGCUCCGGCCACCGCCAAGCUGGUGACCGUGAAGACGUCCAGGGCUCAGAGCAAGAGAAGAGCCCCCACGCUCACGCUGCUCAAGGGCUUCAAGAUAUUUUGACUGAUGAUGAGCGCUUUGCCCCGGAGGGUUCAUCAUCUUUUAUAGGUUUCAGUUACUGUCCAAGAACAAUGUCUGAAUAGAGUAAUUACGCACUUCUCUGAUGGAGCACAGCACUUUCUAAAUAAAGCAAACUAGAGUCUU